GGAGCAUAACGCGUCAGCAGCCAUUCUUUGACACCGUGCAGAGAACCAUCUAUGCCACCGUGUCGCCUCUGCCUGAAAAUGAAAGCAGAAUUCAGACUCGUUUUGUUUCUAUGCAAUCUCUUCGCGUGGAGUGUCGCGCAAAUCGACUUUUCCGACGACAACGUCGAAGAGGAUCUGAGGUACGUGGGUUUCGACCAGGUGCAGUCGCUCAGGCAACUCGUGUACGGUAACGGAAAGAAUCGUCGAGAUACGGACGAUGACUUCGACAACUGGAAAGGCCGGUGGAUGCCUGACAAACCAGGUGAUCCAACUCCGCCGCCCAAGGUAUUUCCAAAAAUGGAGGAAGAUCUCAUACGUGGACUCUUGGAACCUAUUUACGGAGUGCCCAUGGGACACCCGUCGCCAAAUUGCGAUGAUGCUAAGACUAACUUAACGAUCGAUUGGGAUGGCUCUCCAACCAAUUAUACAUGUUACGGGAAAAAGCUAAUGCCAAACAUAGAAACGAUACCCCUGAAGUACUGCGAGCAGAUUCCAAAGAGUUACGUCGCUACGCAUAAGUGCAUGCAGGAAAGGAUAGAGUACGACGAUGACAUUCCCCUGUUUGGACCGCAUAGACCUUUAUGGCCUGUCUACGGAGAAUACAAAUUUCUGCCCAAGCAGAGGUGGAUUCAUAGCCUCGAGCAUGGUGCGAUCGUCGCAUUGUAUCAUCCGUGCGCCAAUCCGUUGGAGGUGAAGCACUUGACGAGCCUAGUCACUAGCUGUCUACGACGGCACGUCAUCAGUCCCUAUGAUAUGUUGAGCGAGGACCGCCCAUUGGCACUGGUCUCUUGGGGAUGCCGACUGACAAUGUCAUACGUCAAUCAUAAGGUGGUAACCGCGUUCAUUCGCGAGCACGCUCUUCGUGGACCAGAGGCGAUAGCCAGGGAUGGCGACUUCGACGAAGCUCUUCUCCGCCCGGCCAAGCUUGUGUCUGACUUUGAAGAUUCGACCCUCUGUCCUGCUAAUUCCGCGUAACGUUCGUACUCUAAAACACAACGGCUUGGAACCAUGAAUUUACUACUACCUAGCGCUUGUAUGCGCAUUAUUUGUAUGUACAUAAUGUAACGCGGUCCUUUGUGCGUUCUACCUACGAGUAAUUUAUUUAUUUGAACGCCGUGAUCGUUCAAUGUUGUGCUUCUCGUGAUGAUGUCCCUAUCUUUUUUUUUUUUUUUGUAUUUUUUAUUACACCAUAAGUCAAUAAGAAAAAUAUAAAUAAAAGAAUCGAAAAGCCAUGAUUCGCUUGUGCGAGAACCAAUGCAUUUUUAUUUCUUUUCCGCUUGGUCCUUUGCGGUUUUCUUUUUUUUUUCUCUUAACGAGGGCGAAGGAGACGAAUGAAUGGGACACGCGCAAACGUUUUUACUCCCGUUACAUAUUGUUGUAUAUUGUUCGUUUUUUUUUUUUUGGUUUUUCUUUUUUUUUCGAGAGAAGAUCCGUUAAUACAUUGAACAUCGUGUCGGUUUUUAAAAUUUCUUUGCGGACCAUUUGUUUAUCUACAGACGUAUAGUAACUUCACUGUAGUGCUGACUAAAAUCGUUAUUCCUGCGGAUACGUAUCUUCGACGAUAUAUAAAAUUAGGGUAAGACAAUUAACGCUACUAUAUUUCGGUAAUGUAAAAUAUACUACUCGUCUACUCAAUGGUAAGUCGUUGAACGUAAAAGAAUAUAUAAUUGUACAGUAAACGCUUGGCUUCAUUCUUUGUUCUUUAUAUAUCGCUCGUAGUAGGUCAAGUGGGUUUUGAAAAUUAUUCGCAUAAACGCGAGGGAAAAUCGGCGAAUCGCGGGGGCCGAGAAAAGCGAGAUCUCGCGAAAAAAAUGUUUUCGAGAGGGCGAUUCGCCGAUUCGGCUCUCGUUGGUCGACCGAACGUUUCUUUAUGCCGCGAUCCGACUCCCUCGAAUCCUAUUUUCUCUCGCCACACUAUUUCUUUUCUCUCUAUCCCGGUUCUCUACCGAGCCGGAUCCACGGUUUGUUUGUAGGACAGAGAUGGGCAAAAUUCUUACCUAGAUACAAAUUUCCAAUAACGAAUAAAGGAUAAACGAUCGUUUAUCCGUCGCUCAUUGAUAUUAUAUUCAUUUAUAUUCAUCGGCUAUACGAUGAAAUAUUUAACAAUGAACAAACGAGAAAUAAACGUCACGAAUAAAUCGCUAUACGUUGGUUUUAUUCGUUAUUUAUUAUUCAAAUUAAAUUUUACCCGUCUCUGGUUCAGGAGAUCUACCAUUAUGUAUAUGCAGAGCCGAAUUAAGGCGCGAACUUUUUCAAGCUACAGCCGAAGGGACUCCAGUGAAAUUAGUGGAAGGAAGUUUACGCCGACUUUGUGUAUUACAUAUUCAAACUAUUUUGAAAAUUGAUUUUCUCCAUAUUUUUACAAAUGAUUUUCUUUCGAGAAACGAUUCUCGUUUACCUUGAAAAAUGACGUUCAUUCCCAAAAAUUAUUUUCACUUAAAAACGUAAUAAUAGACGAUACAUGGUUUAUUCUUCAACGUUAUCUAAUUACUCUUUACUUUUAUGGAGGCCCUCACAGUAUCCGUAACCCAUGGAUCUGCAAGAACUUAAUCCGGCGCUGUGUAUGCGUGUGUAUACUCACAGAGGAAUAAAUCUUUGUGCAUGGUUACACGGUGAAAGGGCACAUUCAGUUGAUCACAUGUUAUAUUUCUACUGCUGCGGUAAAUCGUCACUCCUCUCUUUGGUUUCCUCCGGACGAGUCUGAAGCCUUGCCUCGCCGCGCGUUCUCUUCCCGCCUCAAGGAAUUAAAGAUUACGACGGUGGAUCUCUUAAGAUUAUUGCCAACUUUGUACAGUAUAAUAAUAAUAGUAAUAACAAUAAUAAUAAUGAUAAUAAUAAUAGUAACAGUAAUUGUACAUCGUAUUAAAGACGAGAAACGAAAUAAUUGUCUAUCAUUCUUUAUCUCGUUCGAGAGGGAGAGAGAGAGAAGUGAAAAUCCGUGCUCGCUCGAUGCACAAACACGAGACGCAAAUACGAUUUAUAGGCAGAAAAAACACCGUUGAUUUAUUGAGUAAGUAACCGUUAGUUGAUACAGGUCUUAUUUCACUUUUUUUUUUUUCCCCAUUUUGUUCAUUUUUAUGAAUCUCGCCUAUGAAAUAUCUACGAUAAAAAGUAUUCGUACCUCUUUGAACGUGCUAAAUUCUGUUGGUUUCUCAUGUUUCUCUCGCGCUCAACUUUCGCACACCCAUCCACACGGCAGCCACGCAUGCGCGCGCGCACACACACACACGCGCACACACUCUGUCGUCCAGAGUUCAGGCACGCCACUAAACCUCGUAUUCGCAGAUUCGCACGUUGUGUGUGUGUGUGUGUUUCUCUCUCUUUCCAUGUUUCUUUUUUUUUUGUUUUGUUUUCUUCUUAUUCUCUCUCAUAUUUAAUACCGUUCGCACUUUCUUCCCCUUUCUCUCCCGCUCUCUCAUUCCCCUACUUUUGUUUCUCAGUAAUGUAAAUUUUAUUAGUAAUCUCACUUUGUCGCGUGGCGCUCACCAGCGGUGCGCCAGCGCAACCAUCCUUAACGUUACGAUUAACACCGAACUUCCCUUUGAUCGCUCUUUUAUUUUUUGUUCGUUUGUUUUGUCUUUUUUCUUUUUAUUCGUCUUCUUUAGUCUCAAAACAUCAUCUCGCAAACUUACGAUUUACGCUUGAAAGUGGAAUUGACACUCAUAAGGUUAUUGAAGUAGUCUCUCGAAGUAAUAAUUGCACCGAUGCGACACGACCAAUGUACAUUUUUCUUUUCACACUUUGUCCUGUCGCGUUCAAAGGUCUCUAAAGCGUUCCCUCUUGCUUCGUCACGAUUCCCGGUCUCUCUCCCUCUCUCACUCUCCCAUUGACCACCUCUCUCGUUUAUUUCUCGUCUUCCCAAUUUCUGCCUCGCCUGGAUCGCAUCUACAUUCUCGAUGGACAAGUUUAACACAAGGAGACGGGCCACAUAUUCUUCCAAUAAUAAUAAGACGAAAAACGAGAACGCCUUACAGCCACUCACACAACACAAGAUAGAUAUUUAAAAUAAUAUACCGAUGAUUAUGCAAACGGGACAAUGGUUCAACCGAGGUGCUUCUCUCGACCUAAUCUCAAGUUGAACGAAUAUUUAAACAACUUCGGUUCAAUUAUUUUAUAGAAACUAUAUCAAACGCACGUCGAUCAGAAUAAACGAUGGUUACGAAGCCUAUAGGGUAAAUUGACGUUAAUGUUCUUCUCUAUACCGACAACUAAUUUUUAUGUAACUAUUUCAUAAUUUUAUCUACCACAUAGAAAACUUAAUUGUUCUAUAUUAAGGCAAGUUUGCUAUGCGGUGUUCUCGUUUGUCAACUGUUAUAUCAAUUCAAACUUUACCCAUCUCUAAUGACUGGCUACAAAGCUUCCGUCAUGAAUCCGCGGAAGGACGCGCAAGUCGAUAGGACGCAGAGAUCGAGAGGGAAAGAGAGACGGAUAGACAGGCGGACAUCGGAAUCACUAACGCGCUCGGGAUAAGAUCGAAGAUUCGCUCUCCGACAUCUGUUCGUCAACAAGGAAAACAGCGAAGCUAAAGAUUGACUACUAUCGAGAAAGCCUCUCGUUCGUUCUUAGGCCAAACCGAGUAACGCGCGCACUGUCGAUUAUCGUGCGUGGAGCCCAGCUUCGAUAAACUCGACCGUACCUACCAGAGGCGCACGAACGCCGCUAGCAGAGAGCAGCGGUUCCUUCCUAAACACCGCAGUGCGCAAAAAACUGCUAUAUCAUUGAUGAUUCGCUGACAGAAUUGGACACC